AUGGAGGAGGACUGGCAUGAACUCGCCCGCAUGCUGCCCGACCGCCCGCUGGAGGAAGAGGAUAUCGACAUCCUCGGCCGCCGAGACAUCGACGUCGAUUAUGAUUGGACCCCUCACGUUGGACGGUAUACCGAUGAUGGUAUUCUCAACGGCGACUACUGGAAGCAACGCAAAGCGCGAAACCGCCUUGACCUUGAUGUGGAUCAUCAGCCCUUGGAAGCUCGCGAUUCCCUAAAUCGAGACCAGCGCCUAGUGUACGAUACGGUGAUGGACCACUUUCUGAAUCAGGAACCUUCUCAGUUGCUGCUUCAUGUAGAUGGUGGAGGUGGUACUGGCAAGUCAUACCUUAUUAACCUGCUCUCUGCGCACCCCCAAGCCGCUGCCGCCAGGAGGGGGACACCGGCAAAACUAGAUGAUGAAGAGGUCGCCAGGUUCGCCAACGCCUUACGAGUAUACGCGACUAAGGAUAGGGUGAACGAAUAUAAUCACUACCACCUCGACCGCCUCGGCCGGCCAGUCAUCCAGGUCAAAGCUAAGAAUGUUGGCCCCAGCGCGGCUGCUGCUCCUGACGACAAGGCGCGCAACCUUGCGAAGCAGAUCCCCAUAUGCAUUGGCGCCUGUCUGAUGCUGACGUCCAACCUUUGGCAGCCAGUUGGCCUCUGCAACGGCGCCCGUGGUACCGUUUACGACAUCGGCUGGGCACCUGGGGCUAACCCCGUCCAAGAGCCCUGUGUUAUCAUGACGGAGUUUGACAAGUACAGCGGACCGGUGUUCUUGACCACCGCUGAUGACCGGCAGACCGUCCCGAUUCGGGACUUCCUCAUCGGAGCCACUCAUUGCACUCGCACCCAGUUUCCCCUGAUUGUAUGCUACGCUAUCACCGUUCACAAGUCGCAAAGCAUCACUGAAAAUGUGAUCGUUACGACCUCUCCUGUGGGGACUUUCAGACUGGUCUCAGCUACAUAG